AUGUCCAAAUCUGGAGCAAAUUUCCAUCUCGGAUGUCAACAUGUGGUCUCCUUUCACAGCAUAACACUGCAAAUUCCCAUCGACGUACUGACAAAACAAAUAAAAUUUUUUCGAUAUUUUUUGUUUGUUACUUUGGCUCUAAAUGUUUUUGAAAAUGUUAAUUCACAAUCACCAAGAUAUGGACAUACGGCAAAUUUUAUAGAACAAGAAAGAAAAAUAUAUUUUAUUGGCGGAAUAGAUCCAAAUAGACCUCCCUUUAAUAUUCUUGUACUGGAUGUGCUUGUACUGGAUCUUUCAACAAAUGUUUCUGUGGAAAGCAUUCCCUCCGCUAUACCUGUUACUGGCUCGUAUACUCCUGUUGCGUUUGGAACUUCUGUUGUUGAUGCUGAAAAUACACCGAGUGCACGAUACGGGUUAAAUUCAGCUAUUGAUCAGAACAAAAGAUGGCAUAUUUAUGGCGGGUGUGAAGAUUCAGAUGAGCCAACUUCUGAUCAAAAUGUACAUUAUUUUGACUUUUCAACAAAGAAAUUUAUAACACCAGAAACUUCAAACAUAAAAGUCCGGUUCGAUUAUACAGCGACAGCAAUAGGCAGCAAUAUUAUAUAUAUUGGUGGUCAAACAGGAAACAAUACUUUCGUAGGAAUGGAUGAAAUCUUGAUAUUUAAUUCAGACACCUCGACAUGGAAAAAAGCAAAGAAUGUACUUGAAUUUGAACAGGUGCCAAGACGUGGUGGUCACACUGCUGUAAAACUAAACAACACUAGCAUUUUGAUAUAUGGCGGAUUAUACGAUUCAAAAUCAACAACAAUGAACAUCAGUAAUGCUGUUGCAUUACUGAGCAUUCGAAAUUUUGAAGACUUCACUUCCAUUUGGUCAUUGCCAGUUACCUCAUUUCCAGAUACACCGUAUCAAAAUCAACAGAUACCCUAUUAUCAUACAGCAACAAUCUACCACCGUUAUAUGAUUGUCGCUUAUGGUAAACCCGCUGACGCAAAUACACAACAAUCACAAGGAUUUAAACAACCGAUUAUAACUAUUCUUGAUACUCGUGAUAUGAAAUGGGUUCCAGUUAUUAAUCAAUCGCUAAUUGGUACACCUCGUAAUACAACAAAUGGACCAAAUGGAACUACAAAUAACCAAGGUACUGAACCUAAGGAAAAUAAUGGAUCUGGAGAAAAGAAAAAUAAUACUGGGUCAAUAGUUGGAGGCGUAACAGCAGGCAUAACGAUAAUAUGUAUCACCAUAAUAGUUUGGAUUAGAUAUAAACGAAGACUGACACAAAAAGAAUUAGAUAAUAACCAACAUGCACAUUUAAAUCAAAUUGCGUCACCUGCACAAGAAUUCAAUCAGUUAGCUCAGGUUAUUGAAAGUGAUCAAUUAGCUCAGGUUGUUGAAAGUAAUCAGUUAGCUCAG